GCGAAAUCGCCAGGGACUUCUCUUCAUUCUCUUCGAUCCGACGACACUUCAUCAACCACCAUCAACCAUCGCGACAAACGCUGACUGGCGCUCAGCAGGUCAAACGCGUUUAUAUAUAAGCUGCGCUUGGUAUUUUAAUUCCCAUCUUUGUGCUCAUCCUUCGGAUCUGCGCCCGCGUCAACCGCCUUGUCCUGGCGAACCAACGGGUCACCCUUGUGCUGCUCUCUUUGCCUCUCCGACAGGUCACACCUCCGUUCGAUAAUGUUGUAAACACCACGCGACUUGCUCAAUAUACAGAUGGCAAUAGAGUUGCUCCGCAUCUUUUGGUAGGAAGACGGACAGAUUUACUGUACUGAAGGAGCCUUAUCUGAAUCAAAGGGUAUGCCCAAACUUGACCCCAUUCCCUUUUCCACCCUGCACCAAUCAACCUCUUUACCUCUGUCGCGUCAUUCUGCAUGGCUCGGUCAUACUGCCCGCCAUCAUGAACCAAAGCAGCAGCAUCGUAUCUGUGAUUUCUCUAUAACAAUGGAACCAACCACCACUUGGACUCUCUGCAGCAUUUAAAUUGCGAGAUGAAGAGAUGGUUACCGUCGUGGAGACUUGCUUGGAGAUAAAAGCUCCUCAGCAUCGUCUUCUAGGGGCGAAGAGCUGUGGCGGCUGGGUAACCCAGAGAGGUCCAGGUGACGAAAACCAGGCAUCCACAAUCUGGCCAGUUUGCAGGCGAACGCGCACCUAAAAAAGCUGCGGCACGAGUAUUUGAUGAUAUAAAGAGCAUUCAUUCAUUCAUUCAGAGUCAAAAAGGGCGUCAUGGCUGUUGAUCAUCAUCUUUGCGACGUUGCAGGCGCCUGUCUUUCCAGGCGCUUGCUUGGGUACAGGGGCUGGAAAUAACGCUGUCUUCAGCUCCAACUUCUGCUCAGCGGCACCCCAAGACAGCAACAUCACAGGGACUACGCUACACUAAAAUGCGGGUGCACACUCAUCUGAAGGAAACAGUGGCUCCACUACCAAAGUCAUUCCAGAAUGCCACUACCUACUACCUAUUUUCCAACAAAGCAAUCUGAAUUGCUUCAGAGAUCAAAUUUUUUUCGACAAAGCCAAUUUUUAUUUUAUUUUAAACUUUGGUUCGAGUUUAUCAUUCUCGAUUUCCCUCCCCCCUCGAGUUUCUUUGUCGACGAGCCUGUCGCACUCAAUUCUUUGUCCAACCUUUGGUCAACCAGCCAUACACCCUUUUGCUAAACCACUUAACGGCCUCUUAUUAAUGGAAGAUGGAUGGAUGCUCUUUAUCAACGCCCUCUACGCCUUAAUCCUGCAGAAAAUUCACGAGAAUCCUUUUAUACUAUUUUCACAUCACUUACUUCACUACUGACCUUCUAGUUCUUGUUGCAGACUUUGCUGAUGGUUGUUUUUGCGUUCUCUAGACUUUCAGAUUCAUUCACCUUGUCCCUUUCUCCAAGACUUCGACCCUUGUCUGCCCGUCCGUUUAUCGACUAGCGUAUUUCUAUGGUGGGCCACCUGCAUAUGCGAUAGCCGAAAACCUCUGCCUAACAGCAAGACACUUGCAUAAAGUCACUUAUCAGCUUAAUUUACGUAUGUCAGUACAUUAUUUCUCGCUUUUCAGAUAAGGCUACGUCAACCCCCAGCCACGCCCUCGCGCUGUUGCACGAGGCUCAACUGACUGCCCUUACUCAUUUCCUUCAUCACGUCCUUCGCGUUUACACACUCGCACCUCAUCUUAAGGUAGCAAUGAUUGCUAAUAUCAUGCAAUAGCUCUUAAAGCUGUUCAGGAUAAUUGACCCUUGGUCUCUGUGGUCGUAUUGCUGUUGUAGCAGCUGCCUCUUCUAAACACAGCAUCUAUCACAAGAUGCAGUCUUGGUCAAACAAUGGCCAAAGCGGCGCCGAUGAGACACAGCAUCAAUGGCACAAUAACUAUGCUUUUGCAAGCCAAGGCGGCCAAUUUGACCCCCAUCAGCCUUGGUCACAGCCUGUGAGUGAGCAGUCAGCCUACUCACAACUUAAUCCUCAAGAUGCUUCCCCAUCAAACUUUUUCGACUCUGAUCAAAGUCACCCCUUCCUCUCAAGCACUCUGCAUGGCUCUCAACAGGACCAAGCAAGCUACCACCCAAGCCAUGACUCUCUCUCCAUGAACCAACAAUAUCCACAACAGUCACAAGAUGUAAUGGACACAGAUUUCAGUGGAAUUCACACUGAUAUCUACGGUCAACACAGCAAAAUGAACCUGGAUAACGCCAUGGCUGGCAUUGGACAACUAUCAAGUCAUCCUCAGUCUACCAAUUUCCCAUAUUCUAUGGCACCACAAAAUGAGUCAUCCUUCGAACCUUCUAUCCAGCAGUUUUCUCAGCAGCAUGUAAUGCCACAAACGAGUAGGCAGCAGAGCCAUACACCAGUGCAGCAGUUUGACGGCAUCCCGUCUGCUUAUACCCCAGGUCAUAAUUUCAGUCGACCACCCCAGCCAUCCCCGGUCCAGAAUCAGCAACAGUACAACCAAGCUGCUUUUUCACCUCCAGUGAACGGCCAGACGCCUCAACCACGACCGACUGAACAACUGAACUUCCAACAUAGCCAUCCGCAAGCACGACAGCAACCUCAGCCUCAACAGCAACCUCCUAAGCCUCAGCAGCAGCUGCAACAAAACCAACCGCAACAACCACCACCACAGCCUCAGUUUGCUCCUAAGCAACCUAUGGCCUAUCCCCAAACCUCGCAGCCUCUGCCGGGUCAGAAUUUCCAGCAGCCGAUACAUCAUCAGCAGCCACCCCACUUCAUCAAUAACGCCACAUCACCACCCACAGCCAACACGCAAUACAUUCUGUCACAACCAGGCACGAAUCAAGAUACCGGAACCCUUCAACCCGUGACGAACGAACUGCCUCCUAAGAAGAGGAAGCGGGCAGCGAAGACUGAAGUCAACACUCCUACCCUGACCCCAGAACCCACUGCAGCAUAUGUCGACUCGCCUGUUGGUUCUCCUGCUGUGAAAAAGGUUGAUGAUCUCGAUAGCCUCUCAGCUCCGACUCCCACGCCUGAAGAAGCCCAGUUAAUCAACCAGUUCGAUAAGCGCACUAAGGCCGCCCAAGCCAAAUUUCCUGCUAUCAAAGGGCUUCCUCAUUUGGUUCAUGAGGGAACAAUUAAGCUUCCCGCACCUAAGAGCUAUGAUAAGCUUGCCCCUCUUGUGGCACUGCCACCCCGUAGCGGAAGGCAGAUGGUCCCUGAACUUGGUUACAGUCUUCCCUGUGAAGUCCAGGGGCGUUUCACCAGCCAAUACCGCCCCUCUCCAGAUAAAGGCGGGCUUGACGAGAGGCGCAUGGAGGCCAAGGUGCUUUUGGAUGACUUUGAUCGUUCCAUGAAGGGCUUAGGCAAACGGCGUCCCAAAUACACGGAGUACCCGCAUGCUUUCAAAGAGCAACUUAAAUCUGAUGAGGCCUCGAAGAACAAAGCUGAGAAAAAGGCAAAAAAAGAGCUUGAGGAAGAGCGUGGUAAGCCCAUCCGUGCAGCUACCCGCCCAGCCGACCCUGCUGAAGCUGCUGCAUGGGAUGCCAUCGGGAUGGUGCACAUCGAGCAGUCUGUUGCACGUACCAAUGCCCUCAUUGCAUCCCGCGUUCAACAAGCAGGCGAGUACUUCAUCAAACUUCGCACCGACAUGAACCGUGCCAAGCAGGAAUUCGACCAAGCUAUCAAGGACAAGAAGCCGGAAGAUGUGAUUGCAAAGGACCGACAGGACUUCGAACAGAAGAAAGAAAUACUCUACCGAGCUUUGGAUGCCACUAUCGAGCAUGCAGAUGAUGCGGUAUUGGAUAACCUCGGCGGCCACCAAAAGCUAGUUUUAAGUUUGGUGAAUGCGCUGAUCAUGUGUAUCAAAGCGAGUGACUUCUCGGGAAAACUCCCCAAGAUUGUCCUUGAGAUGUUUACACAUUUUCCUAUGACGAAAAAGAUCGCCGAGACAACAAACUUUGAAUCAGUGAGGAAACGGUUUGCCGAUAAGGGAGACUCGGAGGUCAAAGAGCUUGUAUCAGAGAUAACAGUCAAAGUCAAGAAGCUCAAGGCCAGUGAGCCCGAAAGCACAGGCUAUCAAGGCACUUCUGCGUCAAGCAGAGCGAAGGCUAAACCGGGGACGGAGCCUUCGGCCAAGCGUGGGCGAGACGAGGAGGCUGAAACAAGGACGGUUAAAAAGAUUGCAGUAGAAUCUAGCGGCAAUGCUCUUAGCAGGAAACUUGCCCAGCCCAAGAUUCAACUUCAAUCAGCAUCCAAAACCAGUGCAGCAAAGGCAGCAGCAGCUUCUAUUCUGCCUGGCAAACCCAGACCAGUAGCCAAACCUGCACCAAAGCCUGAAACCAAAGCAGACGUGAAGGUCAUAAGUGAUGACAAGAUAAAAGCCGAAGCGAAGCCAUCACGAACUGAGACGAAACCACCGGCACCUCGAAAUGGGACUACAACCGCUCCGACCUCAAGCUCAGCCAGCGCCUUGUCCGGUAUUGCUUCGCUACUAGACUCGAUCAAUGCACCAAAAGCCGAGGCUCCUGUUGCACAAAAGGAGACAAAUGGGACUGAAAUCUCCGAAUCGCCCGAAGAGAAGGCCAAGCGUCUCCGAAAAGAGGCUCGCCGUAAGCUUCGAGUCAGCUGGAAGCCUGAAACCGAGCUUGUUCAGAUUAGGAUCUUCCAGAAGGAAGAAGCCGAGGACGAAGGACGAGAGUCGAACAUGACCCGAGAUGCCGCCGACGAUCGAUCUGAAGGAAUGGUACUCAAACAGCGUGCGAACCAAGAGGAAGAAGAGGAAGAUGAAGACGUUCCUUAUCAACCUUGGAUGGGACCUGUCGCGAUCGACUUCUCUAGGCUGCCAACAGAUGUCCGAAACAAGAACUUCGUUACUCGAGGCGGAAAUGUCACUUUUACAACAGACGAACAGCAGCGCAUCGCCGAUAGGGAGCAACGGGAGCUCAUGGCUAUCUAUACCGACCCCGAUGACAUACCACCCUCACCCAAGUCACCGAUACUCGAGGCUGCUGGAACUGAUCAACAGAAGACACAAUUUCUGCCUGAUGAUGCAAAGUUCCAAGAGAUCCAGCAUCGAUGGCGUGAUGAGCAGCAAAUGGGAUCUGAUGGAGCACUCUACACGGCCCUACAACGCAUCGAGGCGAAGAAUAAUCCAGCGACUCGUCUCGAUUCGAUUCUAGGCAACCUCCGAGGCGUCUCUUCGGUGGCUCGCACAUCCCCUCAACAUGCUUCUCAACCACAGCCCCAUCCGGCCCUAGCUAAUGAUACUCUACCUCUUAUCGCUGGCCGUGCCGUGUUGGAACAGGUCAUUGCCCUGCUCAAAUCCGAUAAGGUCAAGAGCUGGCGAGACUCGAACCCAAUCACGAACGAUGUCUGGCGUGCUUUCCAUUACUCCGACAUGCCUACUCGUCUUUGCGGAGGUGCCAUUGAAGGUGUGGCCAAGUCUCUCUCAGGCAUGCCAUUUCCCAGCAACUCGCCUCCAGAAUGGAUUCUUCAUGAUCAAGAGAAGGUCCGCGAGUGGCAAAUGGGGCACAACAAAGAGCUGGUAUCUCGACAGAAAAGAGCAGACGAAGAACGUGCGCGCGCAGAAGCGGAGGCCAACGCCUUGCAAGCAGCAGCUGUCGGUGCUUCGUCUGGCCAAGCCCCAGCCAAUCCUCAGGACUGGGCGGCCUAUUAUGCUCAGCAACAACAGGCCUAUGCGCCUUACAUGGCUUUGUUGCAGCAAAUUCAGCCCCAGCCACAGACGACGACUGCACCUGCGCAGCAGCAGCCGCAAAUCCCCGAUAUCCAGCUCCAGUCUAUCCUGGCCGCUAUCAACCAGCCGUCGCAGGCUUCAGGCCAAGCCUCGACCGCAACCCCAAAUGCUGCUUCAUAUCUCAACCCCAACGAUCCUUCAUAUCAGCAGUACAUGGUGCUCACCCAAAUGGCACAAGGACAGCAAGUCCCGCCUCCGCCUCCACCACCCGCAGCGGAACGAGAAUGGGAUAGAGACAGAGCAUACAACCGAGAUAGAGACCAAGACCGCGGUUGGGACCGUGAACGGACGUAUGACCGCGACCGGGAUGGAAAAGACGGAAGGAAGAAGAAGCCUACUCUGCCGCCACACAAGCCUGCUAACAAAGCACUCAUUGGCACCAAGCCUUGUACUUUCUGGCAGCAGGGCAAGUGUGCUAGAGGAGACAAGUGUACAUUUCGACACGACUAACGAUGAGCUAUAUAAAGCUUGUUUACUAUAUUGAACCUGGCUUGGAGUUUAGAAGUGGGAUAUAUCAUGGUGUAUUUUUAAUGUAACCAAAAAAUUAGCAUCAGCCAAGGUCAAUCGGGGAUCAAGACAUUCGAAUUUCCUACGGCAUGUACCCAAGGGCGUGAUAUGCGCUAUUACAAGAAAAUAGAAACAUUUCAUAUCUCA